AUUUGAUUGUAAUUCAUUCGGAUUUUUCGGAUAAAGCAUAUUCAACUCUAACGCAACAUUUUAAAUACGAAGUCACGCAACAACUGAAAAUAUUUCUUCCCUUUGCACUUGGUAAAUUGCGAAAGUAUAAGAUGUUCGGUUACACCCGAGCUUAACGCCUCAUUACUUCUUGGCAAAUGUUUUUAUGCAAUUCCUCUAUUGAUAGGAUUUCGUGUUUGUUUAUUUACCUUUAUCGCCGGAAUUAUUUUUCCAAAGGUGAUUGAAUUAAAGCAUAGUUGUGUUUGUUUAAACAUAUAAUAUUUUUUGUGCAUUCAAGAGCCAAGAAUAUGAAUGGACUACUUGGCAUUACAGAAAUUUUCGAUUCAUUGGAUAAUGUUUAUCUGCUGAGCACUGUGACGAUGCUAGCUGCCGUUAUACUAGCAUUUUACUUUUCCAAUUUGGUGAAGGACAUUGGGUUGUAUGGCGCACGGUCGGAUCGUGAAGUGGAAGAGCAACCGAAUUUGCUGGCAGCUGAUAGCGACUUAUAUGAGUGUAGUGACGAAGAAGAAGUGGACACCGAUAAUCCGUUGGGUGAUGGUUUGGUGGGUAAAAUCAAAUCAGCGCGCCUCAAAGAGUUGGAAGCACAAUUGACACAUGACCAGUUGGAGGAAGAACGCAAAAUCGAACGAGAACAACUUACGGCGAUUUUUGAACUAUUAAAAAAGCAGGAGGCCGAUCUAAAUACGAAAGAAAUCGAUGAGCGAGAAUUAGUUGCUCAACUCAAUUUGUAUCGCUGAUGCAAAAACGAAAUUUCGCCGUUUUUAGACAGCACCUUGUACCUACUGUCAAGGGUGAGCAGCAAUAAAUAAAUAUAAGCAGUGUUUAUCUAGUCUAAUGUUCGUUAAAUGACAUUGUGUUUAGUAUAAUUGUAUGGUAAAAUUGGCAACUUUGAAUAAAAAUAAGAUUUAAUUACUUUA